GCUACGAGGAAAGUAAUGUAUGCACCCGAUGUAGUGUACGUACGUACCAUACAGGGGUGUGCCACAGGGUCAUAGGUCAUAGGUCAUCGCUUCGUGGUUUAAAUACGAAGUAAUUUAAAUUACUUUCGUCAAAAAUUUCUAAUUUUAUCUCAUGGUCCUCCGUACAGAAUGCUGUACCGGUACGUACGUACGGUAGCAUACAAGGUACUCGUACUUACUGUAAUGGCUCCAACAGCUCCCCCACGACAGCUGAUAAAAAUGACGACGACCGUCAAAAAAGCUACACAAUGAAGAGCUACAGAAUGAAGUCGGGCCGGAAAAAGAACCGAGCCGAACCCAUUCCAAACGAGACCACAAUGAGACCCGCACUAAAGGUAUUGUUUGCUGGCAUUUUCACUUCCAUUGGUUACUAUCUCGGAAUCCAGCACGCACUGCUCUUCUACGGAAACCAGUUGUCGUCCGUGGCGUCCGUCGACCCUUCUUUGCCACCCCUGGAGUUGCUUUCUGGAUCUAAGAGCCGGCACAACAUCACCAAGAGCCAGAACCUGGCCCCUAUCGAUUCCAAUUCUGCCGUCUUUCGACUCCACGAACACGUCCAUCUCUCGGAAGACCCCGAUCUAUACCGAAAGCUGGUCCAUCCACCGGUUCGAAAACUCUUGGAAGAAGGAGAGGUAAAGGGUUGUCCCAAAGACCCGGUGAAACCCUAUCUCGACAUUUUGAAAAACAUCGAUAAGAACCCGUCGUUCUACGAGGAUAGCAGUAUCAAAAACAACAAAAGUGACUGCCCGGUCGUCUUUCUAUUUUAUUUCGAGGGAGGUUCGAAAGUGGCGCGCACGUUUUUCGAGUUUUAUUCCAACAUCGAGACCAAGAGAUGCCUCAACUUUAUUGUUUCGAGCCGGUGGAAGGACCACGAGGAAACGAAGGAGAUCGUAAAAAGCCAUGGAUACACCAUCGUAGGGGCGCACUACCCGAGACAGGACAAGACCAUCAGCAUGAGUCUCGACAAAAUCAAGAAACAGUACGGCGACGACGUUCUGGUGAGUGUCAACGAUCUGGAUCACUUGCUCGUGUGGUUCGACGAAAAAUCCAAGCCACACCGAUACUCGAGCUACACCGACAUGGUCAGGCUCUAUGCCUACGAGCUCUUGAGCACAGAGGGAUGCUCCGACCAAAACGUUCACGAGAAGUACGUCGCACCGUGCACAUGCCUGAUGGAAGACAACAAAAAAUACGUGUCAACCAUCGAAAAAAACGGCGUCGUGUGGUCGGAAUACGGCUUCACGAAUCGCUUUCACCCGACUGCCAAUUUUUUCCUCGACAGGACGAACGAAUCGAAAGAAGAGAAGAAGAAUAGCCAGUAUGCGUAUUCGAUAGGGACGGUGUUUGCCAAUCUGCGCCGUUACGAAGUGAGUAGUUGAUUUGUGGGUCAAUUUGUGAUCCGUUGAAAGCGCGGAGAACUGCCAUGCUGUGUGGCCUUUACUAAAAUCGAUUUUUGUUUGUUUGACGCACCGCACAAAUUCCUAUGCAAACUUCGUCUCAACAUCGUUUUUCGCGAUCUUCCCCUCAUCGACAAUCCCCACCUCGACUCACGCAAUCAUCAGAGGGAUAUCAUCACCCAUCACAAGAUAGGGUAUAAAUCCAAGAAACAGUUUUCUAGGGCAAAAAUGGCCGGUGUCAUUCAUGCGCGAAGCGACAAUAUGAUACAGUCGUUGGCAAAAUACCAACACUUUCUCCAGGCGGCCUCUUUAAACCACUUUCGGGACAACGAAAUCACGAUAGGAGGUAGGUCCGCACACGACUCGAACACAGCGAUUGCUCUUUCCAUUGCAUCCUCGGCGACGAUGGUUCGGAGCAAGUCCAUUUUGCUCGGGCGGGCGGUGCACCGAUACUCUCUUGGUCCUCAUUUCCUUUUUUCUUCUUUCUGUCCCGUGCUUCUUGCUUUGGUUGCCCAACCUUCGGAAAACACCUCAAGAUGCCAUGGGCUGCGCCGUCGUAGACACCCGGGGCAUUCUUCGCAAUGAAAGAACCUGCAGAAAGGUAAAAGAAUUUGCGAACAUACUCGCCAUUGGUCACCAAAAACUAGCUUGCCUCAAUGCGGGAUACAGCGACGAGCAUUGCAUUUCCGACAUGACCUGUUGCCUGACGUACUAACAAGAACAUGAUCGGUCAAUUGGCGAAAGCAAUAGUUUGCUGCUCUGGGAGUCCGGGGGAAACCCCUUGCCUUUUUUGUUUCGAGAACAACUGAUACGUAGGACACGUGCGGAGAGCAUACCCCUGGCUUUCCCCCACAAAGCAGUUGCAUUCGAGACAUGAACUUUUCACCACUUUUUCUAAACCGAUUCUUUUUUCAUAAAAAAAAACUCUUCCA